AUAUUCUACUCUGCACCAGACUAUCAAUGUCGCUCACAAUCUCCGAAUUGAAAGUGCGCAACGUAGCCGUCAUCGGCGCCGGCCCCUGCGGCUUAAGCGCUGCCAAGGAGCUUCGCCGAGAAGGCCACAAAGUCGUGGUGUUCGAGCGGCAAAGCCAAGCAGGCGGCACCUGGGUGUACAACCCCACCGUGGAGGCAGACCCACUUGGAUCAGACCCGUCUCGAACCAUAGUCCACUCAAGCGUCUACGCCUCCCUCCGCACCAACCUUCCCAGAGAGCUAAUGGGGUUUCGAGACUACCCCUUCGUAUCUACGGGUCAACCCUACAGCGACUCCAGAAGGUUUCCAGGUCAUCGAGAGGUCUUUCUUUAUAUCAACGAUUAUGCUACUGCGUUUGGACUCACUGAGUUAGUCCGCUUUGAGACAGAGGUGGUUUAUGCUGGGUUGGUUAAUGGGAAGUGGAGAGUGAGGUCUAGAAUGGCAAAUGGUGUGACAGUUGAUGAGAUUUUUGAUGCAGUGGUUGUUUGCAAUGGGAACGACACAGAGCCUCGUACUGCCGAUAUUCCGGGGAUUGAUGCAUGGCCGGGGAAGCAAAUGCACAGCCACAAUUAUCGUAUUCCUGACCCCUUUCGAGAUCUAGUUGUAAUUUUGAUAGGGGUUGGUUCAAGUGCUCUUGAUAUCUCUAUGGACAUUGCUCAAGUUGCCAAAGAAGUUCACAUUGCAUCUAGAUCAGCCAAGGUUGGAGUCUUGGGAAACGUGUCUGGCUAUGAUAAUUUGAAGCUGCAUCCUAUGGUAGAGAUAGAAAGCGUCCACAAGGACGGCUCGGUGAUAUUUAAUGAUGGCAGUGUGGUUCUUGCCGAUGUUAUUCUGCACUGUACAGGAUACAAGUAUCACUUCCCUUUUCUUGACACUAAUGGCAUUGUCACCGUGGAAGACAAUUGCGUUGGACCACUAUACAAGCACACUUUUCCACGGGCUUUGGCACCUUGGCUUUCCUUUGUUGGGUUACCAUUGAUGGGUAUUGGCUUCAUCUUGUAUGAAUUUCAAAGCAAAUGGAUAGCAGGGGUUCUAUCUGGUCGGAUUGGACUCCCAUCUGAAGAGGAGAUGAUGAGAGAUAUUGAAGCAUUGUACUUGUUGCUUGAGGCUUCAGGCACACCUACGCGGUACACACAUGGCAUUGGUCAUUGUCGGAUGGAAUACAUGGACUGGUUUGCUGGCGAGUGUGGGAUUCCAGGUAUUGAAGAAUGGAGAAAGGAAAUAUAUUAUGCAACCAAAAAGAAUUAUAUUGUCCGUCCACACGCAUUCCGUGAUGAAUGGGAUAAUGAGGACUUGGCAUUGAAAGCUCAUGAGGACUUUACCAAAUGCCGCUCAAAUGGAGUUGAUCGCACUUGCAUCUCCUAA